AUGAAAACAUUAAAUAUUUUUUAAAUCUUUAUGAGUAAUAAUUUGUUCAACGUUCUCAACUUCUCCGACACAGAAGAAGCUCCUGAAUAACACCAAAAAAAGAAUAAAAAAAACAACAACAAGGAGUAGGUCAUCCCUGCUGAAUAAGUAGUAAAGGAAAACACUCAACAUCACAAUCCCGCUCCUAAGACUAAGGGAGUCCCUGCUGAGCCACACCCUAAAGACAGACAAUCUGGCACUGGCAGAGGCAAGGAAUAAAGAAAAGAAGGCGGAGGCAGAAAUAAUUGGGGAAAUUACAAGGAUGAUUUGAAGGAAGAAAAAUAUGUGGCAAAAGAAAAAACCUCAGGUGAUGCACAUUAAGAAGGCAAAAAUGAGUAGACAACUCAACCAACUUAACCACCAGCCCCAGAAAAGACUCUUGCUGAUUAUUACUAACAAAGAGGCGCUAAUGUUGAUGAAGUCUUAAAAUAAGUUGAAGUCAAACAAUAAGCUCCAAAGAAACUUGAUGAAGAAGCCUUGAAGAAAGAAAAACUCUUUGUUGUUAAAACUAGAGAAGAUGAGAAAAGAGAACAAGAAUCUAAGUAAAAAAAAACAAAAUAAUAAUAAUCAACAUACAGAUCUGAAUUGAAUACUUAAGCUGCUGAGUAUUUGGGAUUUACUAAUUAAACUCAAGAAAAGAAUGAAAGAAGAGGUGAAAGAGGUGAAAGAAGAUAAUAUGAAUAACCUUAAUAAUAAUAACAAUAAUAACAAGAAGGUGAAUAAUAAUAAGGAGAAAGAUAAAACGAAUAAUAGGAAUAAGGACAAUACAAAGGUGAAAGAUAAGAUAGAGGUGAAAAGUAAUACAGAGGAGAUAGAUAAUACAAAGGAGAUAGACAAUAUAAGGGUGAUAGAUAAGAAAGAGGAGAUAGAUAAGAAAGAGGAGACAGAUAAGAAAGAGGAGAUAGACAAGAAAGAGGAGACAGAUAAGAAAGAGGAGAAAGACAAGAAAGAGGAGAUAGACAAGAAAAAGGAGACAGAUAAGAUAGAGGAGACAGAUAAUACAAAGGAGAUAGAUAAUAUAAAGGAGACAGAUAAAACAGAGACAACAAUACUAGAGAUUAAGAAAGAGGAGAAAAGGCUAGAAGAGGAGGUGAUAGAUAAGAAAAGAAGCCUGUACAAAGAUAAUAAGAAUAAGGAAUUCAAUUGGAUGAUAAGGAUUUCCCUGCUCUAUGAACGUGAUAAGUAUAAUACACAUAUAGUACAUAUAUAAAUCUUAAUUAAA